AAUCCAGAAGCAGAUCCUUGUUGUAAACAAACAGGCAUGGAGAACAUGAAGAGGUUGUGAGAAAGCCCUAAAUAUAUUUCUUACUGCCUUAUAUUCAGCGUUAUAUUUAGAAAAAUUGGUUGAAUCUGGCAAGAAAAAUGUGAAUUGGGCUUUGAGGGCAGGCUGUCUGUGCGUGAUAAUAUGAACAUCUUUCCGCUUUGGACACGCCUGAGUAAUCAUUUUGGUCUCCAGCAGGAUCCAAAUUUAUUUUAUGAUAAGUAUCUUUGAGAGGAGCUCCAAAAUGGAUCCCUCAUCAAAUUAAAGACGGUGUGAUUGGCAGUCUCGUAACGCGUCUAAUUUAUAUGAAGGCGACCCACAUAAUACAAAAUGGUUGUUGAAUGUUUCUUAUGUUUGGAGAAAUACAGUUCGGAGCUAAAAACCUGUUCAUUCCACAAUCUGCCGAAAAGUGAACCGUCCAGAGCAAAAUGGGUUCAGUUCAUUCGACAGGCCCGAGAAGAUGAAGGGUGGGAGCCAAAAACGCGAAGAAUAAUUUUGUGCUCCAAGCACUUUGUUUCUGAAGAUUAUGAGCAAAAUGGAGUGGCAUAUCACAAAAUUUUGAAGAAGUUGGCUGUGCCUAGCAUUUUUGACAAGGAGAACCAAACUGCAAAAAAACGAAAGCGCAGCCCAAGAAAAACUCCUAAAAAGCCGCCCUUGGCAAUCAACAAUGAGGUGAACCAGCUUGCCUCGCCAUCAAAGAAGAAAGGGCGCUCUCUGUUUAACGCACACAAUCAAAAAGAAAACCUGCCUGAAUUGGAGUCCUCUAUUGACUGCGACUUCAAUUAUUUGCCACCUGAUGCUGAAAUCAGCUCUGAAGAUGCUCCACUGACAGAGGAGAGGGAGGAAUCCUCAACAAUAUCCAAUGAUGCAGAUGAACCUGGAACUAAACAUGCACCAUCAUCAAGUCCAUGUAUCACAGCUGAUGUUAUCCAGUCAAGCAAGAAAAAGGGGCUUCUUAAAUUGAUGGAGUCCAUGAAAGAGGAAAUCAAGACUUUUGACCAGCAGCACCCUCUGCAAAAAAAUGACAGCAUCCGCUACUCUCGACUUCAAAACAAUGUCUUCAAACUACAAAGCCAAAUUUUGCAGUGGGGAAUUGAGGCCAUCAAAGAGGAACUGAUCGAAUCAAUGGUCAGGAAUGCUGAGACCAGUGAAUUUGUCCAGGCUGAAUAUAUUUUGUUGAAAGCCAAUCAAAAAGUUCUAAAUGCGUCACUUUCUCGUCGAGACAAAAAAAUUCAGGACUUGGAAUCUCGGGCACAGACGCUAGUUGAAACCAUCGAGGCUGUACGACAGAAGUUAAGAAGCUCUGAGUCUGGAUAUAUCAAGCUCAAAGAAGAAACCAGAGCUCUCCACCUAGAGCACGCAGCACAGAAGAAGAAAGAAGAGAAUCUCAGUUCAGAAUUAAAGUCAAAUAAGGAACGUAGUAAAAAGGAUCAAGGAGAAAACGAGAAACUGCGUUUGAAGCUCGAAGAGCUGGCUAAACUGCAGCCAGAUUAUUCACUGGUAGAUGAGAUGAACCGACGUUAUGCAGCCAGAAUUCAAGAGCUAGAGAAGGAGGUCAGGGAGGCAAAAAAAAUACAGAAAAGGGACAGAAGUAUUAUUCAAAGGCAAUCUGUAGCAAUUAAGAAACAGCGUCAAGUUAUUCGAACCCUUCGAAAAUCAAAUGUGCUGAGAGGAAGAAAGUUGGAGUCUGCAGCUCAGGCAAUUAAAGAUUUGCAAAAAAAGAAACUGUUGUCAGAUGAGUUUUCUGCAAAACUGAUGGAGCUGCCUGCUAGCACCCAAAGUCUCCUGAACAGGGUUGCUAAAAGUCCAGAGGGACAAAAGGGAACCUCGAAGCAGAAAUACGAUGAGGACAUAAGGAGCUUUGCAAUCACCUUGUACUUUUAUUCUCCUGCUGCCUACGAGUAUGUGCGCAAAUCAUUUGGACAGUGCUUACCACACCGAGCAACUAUUAUUGGAUGGUUCUCCGAGAUUGAAGCUGGGCCAGGAUUUUGUGGUGAAUCAUGGAAAGCGAUUGAAGCGAGAGUCUCCAAGGCAAAGGAGAAGGGAGAAAAAAUUAUCGCAGGGGUCUUGCUGGACGACAUGGGACUGAAAGCGCAAGUCGAAUACAACGGGAAAAAAGUUAUGGGCUACGUAGACAUGGGCAAUGUUGGAAAAAAAUCUAAAGACGACAAAGCCCAAGCAAAAAAUGCUUUGAAUUUUAUGAUUGUUGCUUACAAUACUCGUCUCAUCAUGCCAUGUGGAUACUUUUUCAUCGAUUCACUUUCUGGCAAAGAACGUGCAGAGCUACUUAAGGAAUGCAUCGUCAAACUUGAAAACCUUGGCGUACAAAUAGAGAGCGUCACUUUUGAUGGGGCAGCCUCCAAUAUCACCAUGGCCUCUGUUUUGGGAGCAAAUUUAGACUCCUUUGAGAAAUUGAAUCCAACCUUCCCCAACCCUGCCGACCCUACCAGGAAUGUUAAUGUGCUACUUGAUGCUGUGCAUAUGUUGAAACUUCUGCGAAACACUCUAGGGGAUAAAAAACUGCUUUUUGACUCAAGUGGAGGUCGAAUUGAGUGGCGAUACAUUAAGAGCCUCCAUGAACUACAGGUGAGGGAAGGACUCCACUUUGCAAAUAAGCUCAGAGCAGCACACAUUGAAUACUGGAAGAAUAAGAUGAAGGUCAAGUUUGCUGCCCAACUCUUCAGCUCAUCCGUCGCUACUGCAAUCGAGUACUGCAACAAGCAAUUGCAUCUAGAGGAAUUUCAAGGAUCUGAGGCAACUGUGAAGUUUAUCAGAAUGAUAAAUGAUACAUUCGACUGGCUCAACUCCAGGAAUAAAUUCGGGAAAGGUUUCAAGGCGCCUUUAACUCAAAAAAACAAAGAUGCAUGGACAACACAUUUUGAGGAAGCUGAAAAGUAUUUUUCUACUCUGCAAAUAAUGGGUGAGAAUGAUGAAUCUGAAGACUUGGAUCCUGCAAAUGAAAAUUCAUCCCAAAAUCUUGACGAGCAAGGAAAAACAAAAGGCCGCAGAAGUUGAAGAAACUUUGAAAAGGAUCCAGUCCCACAAAGGUGUUUUUGGCACAAUCGUCGUCAAUUCUGAAGGAAUUCCAAUCAAAAGCACGAUGGACAACACUUCGACCGUGCAAUACGCUGGGCUAGUCAGCCAGCUCGCAGAUAAAGCUCGCAGUGUAGUUCGAGACUUGGACCCCACCAAUGACCUCACAUUCCUCAGGGUUAGGA